AUGAAGGCCUCCAUCAUCCUGCCCGUCUUCGCUCUCGCUGCCCGAGUCCUCGCCGCCACCCCUCCAGCAUGUCUGCUCCACGCUGUCAACACGCAGGACGAUCCUAGCGAUCUCUCCUCGAUCUGUGGCGACGAUGCGACCGAAGUGCAAGGGGCCAUCGCCAGCAUGUGUAACGGCAACGCCGCCGUGAGCAUGGCACAAUCCGCUUUCAUCUCAACUUGCUCGGCUGCUGGUUCAUCUGUCGCUCCUUACACCGCAACCUCGACCAAGAAUUCUACCGCCUCCACGACCAAAGCCUCGUCCUCGUCCUCCGCGACCUCGGCCGGCACGUUUGUUUACACCACCGCCGUCUUCGACUCCGACUGCAGUUGCACCACUACCAUCGUCGCGACUGCCACUACCGGGUCCGUUGUCUCGACUGCUCUGGCUAGUGCCACAGGUGUGGAGGGUGCUUCGUCGACAGGUUCCUCGAGCUCAGGAUCAGGUGCUUCAGCGAGCGGGAACGCUGCCGCGGAUACCAAACAGGUGGGAAGCUUUGCCGCGGCGGUCAUUGCCAUUGCAGGAGUUGUGGCUGUCUUGUAG